AUGCUCAUCGACUAUCUGGGUUACUUCUUCCAGGUUGGGCCCCCAGCAUGGGCUAUCAAUAACUGGUGGCUCAUUCUCAAGACAGUCACAACGAUCGUUAUCAUCACAAUCAUCAAGCUAUGGACUGCCGGUUCGAGCAAUUCCUCCGAGCGGAAUAUGCACGGGAGGGUGGUAAUGAUAACAGGCGGGACGUCCGGCAUAGGUGCCCGGGCGGUCUUCGAGCUGGGGCGGCGCGGAGCACAGGUAGUACUGCUCACACAAACCCCCGUGUCGGACCCCUUUCUCGUCGAAUACAUUGGUGAUGUGCGUGCGCAAACCAAAAACGAGCUCAUCUACGCCGAGCAGGUCGACCUCUCUUCCCUACACAGCAUCCGAAAGUUUGCGACAAAGUGGAUUGACAACUCCCCGCCGCGGAGGCUGGACAUGAUUAUUCUCUGCGCCGCGACCAUCACGCCUCCCGGUAAGAAGAGGAAGCUGACGGUUGAAGGCAUUGAGGAAACGUGGAUGGUGAAUUACCUCGCCAACUUCCACCUCCUUUCAAUCCUGAGCCCGGCCAUCAAGGCACAGCCCUUCGACCGCGACGUCCGCAUUAUCUUCACGACAUGCUCCUCAUAUAUUGGCUCGCCGCCACUUAACGAUGCUCUCAGUAAAGAAGGCUGGUCCCCCGGUGCGGCAUACAGGCAGAGCAAGCUGGCAUUGAUGGUAUUUGGCAAGGCGUUCCAGAAACACCUGGACGCUUACAAGCGACCGGAUCAACUGCCAAUGAACUCCCGCGUUAUAUUCGUGGAUCCUGGGUUUACCCGCACGCCAGGAACGCGGCGCUGGCUUACGCGCGGCUCGCUGUGGGGACUUUUUGUCUAUCUCGCCGCCUAUUUCGUGCCGUGGUUGUUUCUCAAGAGCCCCGAUCAAGGUGCGCAGUCAUUGCUCUUUGCCGCCAUGGAACCGGCACUAGGUCGUGGCGCGAGCGGUAGACUAAUCAAGGAAUGUCGCGAGGUUGACUUUGCGCGUCUGGAUGUCACCGACGAGGAGAUGGCCAAGAAGCUAUGGGAGGAGAGUGACAAGCUGAUUGAGAAGACGGAAAAGGAGCAGGCAGUUGCUAGGGCAAGGCAGAAGAAGGCAGAGGAAAAGAAAUCCCAGGAAACCAAAGAGGCGGAGAAGGCUAAAGAGGUCGAGUCUCUCGUCGAUGCCAUCAAAAAGGGAAAGGAAGCCCAAAAAUCAAAGGAGCCCAGCACGGUCAUAUACAACCGGUACUGUCUGACCCAGAACAUGCUCAACGCCGCCACCGCUGCCACCGCACCGACAGCGAUGACGAAUCACACCGCAACGCUGCCGCCUCCUCCAAGGCCUCUUCACCUCCAGGCCACAUGGGAACGACAAGCCGAGGCAGCGCAGCAGAACGCUUCUGUCAGGCAUCCCGUAUUCUUUACCGAAAGAUUGCGGAGACCGCCCAUGGUUCUGAACCCUGGGAUGGGACUCAGCCCGGUUGCGCAUGGCUACGUCUAUCAGGACGGACGGAGGGCUGACGGGACCAUGGCGCCGAAGCUAUGA